UUACUUUUCGCGAUCCACCGUGGCCGCUCUGCCGCGGCGCAGGUACACACAGGUCGGACGGUCAGUCUCACCACGGAGUUCGUCAGUCCGACGACGGAUAGGGAAAGGGGAGAACGUAGUGUUCGCGCGAGAUCUCUCGUAUCUAACCACCAACGCUCCUCUCUCGAGAUUUUGCUUCGCAUCUCGACUCGGAUGCCCCGCAUAGAAGAACCUCGACGGCAGGCAACGUACGAACGUAAAGGAAAUCGAGCAACGGGUGCGCAUGUUGGCGUGCGUUAACAUACGUUAACGAGAUUAACACGCGUUAACAGAGGUUGACACACGAGGAAGAAAUACGCACGGGGAGGCAGGAGAGAAAGACGAUAGUGGCACGCGAGAGAAGAAGGCGGGAGGCAGGUGAAAAGGGAGAGAGAGUAACUGUCAGCUUACCGAUUGUACUGGGGCUGCAUCUGCCGCACAAAAGCACAGCUUGCGCACUGUUACGCCGCGUUACCGAGCUACUUGCGCGAACCACUGAACUGUGCCGCUCGGUCAUCCCUGCCGAGCCAGUCGAGAGCUUUCGUGCGAAGUGUUUACGUCGUCGCGUGGUGAAACACACGCUCCUGUUACCGCCUGUCUGUUUCUACUGUUCGCGUUAUCCUUUCGUGUGUUCCUCUUACGCGUUUCCUUUUACCUACUUUGCGCUGAUUCGUCUUCUUCUCUUCGUUCUCUCCUUGUCGCGUUCUGUUUGCGUUCUGUCAGCGGUUAAACAACCGGUUAAGCGGAAUCAGCUGGUGACGUUGUUUUGUUUUGGACUGUAUCGUCUCAUCACGUGUGACACGAGCUUCUAUCUACUACAUAAUCUUAUAUAUACUCGUGAAUGUCCGUAAAUCAGUGAAUCGUUUCGAUCGACUCGUUUUUUAGCUCGUAAUCGUGCAUCCUAGUCGUGUUUACGUAGGGGACAGGUCUUGCCGCUGUUCGAGAAAGUGAAACGAGAACGAAACUUUCUUGUCGCGUGUGAGGGGUAAAAGGAUUGAAAAGUCCCGGGGCAAACUGAUCGGCGGCUAAGCGUGUUUCGACGAGAAAAAGUGCAGUGAAAUGAGAACUGUUUGCCCGGUUUUCUGAAUUGGUUAAUAUCUUCUUAACGCGACGCGACGGUAGAAAGCGUACGCGCCAUCACAUUCCCGUAGGAUUAAACCGCGCGUCCAUCCACGGAACCUUAUCGUCCAUCGUGGUGCUGUCGUUAAUAUAUGCCGUUCUUAGCUCGCGUCAGCGUAUGUGAUACGGCGACGCGCGAGUAAGGGAGCCGUUUGGUCGAUCUUGGUGAACUGUUGUGCGGCAAAGUGACCUCCACAAAGUGCAACGACGACAAAACCAUACAGCCUCGAGACGUGAUCGUCAGCAUCAAUGAUAAACGGAACCAGAGCAUCGAAUUAAGGACGAUCGCUGACCUCUCCAACGUCAAGAAUAGUAGCUCUACCGAGCACGCGGACUCCAACAAGCAGAUUCUGACCACCAGUCUGACGUGUCACUAUGCUGCAGUGAUGGACGGUGAGGGUACGCUGGGCCGCGGUCACGGAAAUGGGGGCCGUGGGCUGCGCCGUCAACGGUCCCUGGAAUGGCGAGAGAGGCGCGGUUACGGGCCCAGUGCCCAAUCGAGCAGCGACGACGAGGAAAAUUCCCGUCACGCCGUUGGUGCCGCGUCCGUUUCAUCCGCCGGUAGAGGCGCUCGCAGCCCAGGCCAGGUCUUCGCCUCCCUCUUGGCGCAGCAGUAUGGAAGCGUUGGUGACCGAUCGUAUCGUACAGGAUCCGACACAGAGGGCGCCGCUACUACCGAUAAUCCGACAACACCAUUCCCAACGCCGCCUCCAACCUUGACGCCGAAUCAUCGACAGGCAUCUCCGUUUCCCCUGGAGAGCACCAACUCUCGCCGGCAUCAUUACAAUGGGAGCAUAUCAUCGGAGAGAUCCCGCAAUGGCAACGGUGAAACGGUUUAUGCGGCGCCAUCGAAAAAGACGAGCACCGGUGGCGGGACCUUGGGGCGACGAACGCGACGAGGUCACACGAGUGCUUUGAGUAGCAGCUCCACGGCCAGCGAUCGUUCCGAAACUGUCUUCCCAGACGAGCAUUCUCGCAUGCAUCUCACCAAUGCACUGUCCAGGCCUAUUUACUUCACAGACACUGGUAGAGAUUCGCCUCCAGAACCAGCACCACCGGAAGUACCACCGCGUGGUCCAUCUCUGCAUGCGACUCACACGCUACGUACGCAACAAAAUCGAAAUGGAUGUCCACCGAAUGCCACGGGAAACUUCGUGCCAACCGAACAGAUGCAGCCGGAGAAGUAUUCGGAGUACUUGAUGUCAGGGAAUCCACGGAGCUACCCGGCCCGGUCCCCAGGGGUCGCUUCCACUCCGACCGUAACCAGGUAAGUGGUAGUAGGAGGUAGACGCGACGAAUUUCCCAC